UUGUUAUUUUCGAUCUAAACCCUGGCUCCCCAAGCCCUAGUUCUUGCCCGUCUCUCGCGGUAAAAUUGGACCCAAAAAAAAAAAGAAACAGAGAACUCGGAAUUAUCGUAAAUUUAAUAUCAUACUCAUGGGCUCUUUUAGGGUUCCAAUUCCCAGUUGUGAGAUUCAAGCCCCAACCCAUGAUUCAUGAUAGUGAUCUUCAUGAUUCGUUGGAAGUAACGAUUACUUCGUGUUCGUGGUGUGUCCGUUGAGUUUGGUGUUACAGAUCUGUAAGACGUGUACAGGAAUGUAUAAUGGAAUGUGAAAUUCAAAAAACUUCGUUCCGGGUGUCUGUACUGCUUGUUGUUAAUGGAAGAUAGAACAGAGAACUCCCAUGGCAUUGCAAUUCCCAAAAAAUCGAGAUCAUUGGAUCUUAAAAGUUUAUAUAAUCUGAAAGUUCCAAAAAAGACUCCUAAGAAGAACUUGAAGAGACGAGGUGGUAGCCAUGAGGAUGGUGAUCAGAAAACGAACCAGAAAAAGAAGAUCAGAAAGGAAAUGUCUCUGAGUAGCUUAGAAAAUGCUGAUUGUAAUAUUAAAAAGGUUGUUGAUGGAGAAUGUUGCAUUGGGCCAAGUUCAUAUGAAUUGCAGUCAGGUCUGAGUCAGAGACUGAGUAGCAAUAAUGGGUUUUAUAGGGUUUCGCUUGGUCUUGGUGAUAAUGCUGUUCAUAUCCCGAAGCGAAAGAGGGGUCUUGUGAGGCGUAAGAAAUUUGAAACAGGUCAAGGACAAAAUUUGUCCGGGCAGACUAGUAGUAAAAGUGGCCAUGGUGAUCAAAUGCCUGAACUAAUUAGGGAUGAUUCGGGCCAGGGUGCUGAGUCUUCAAUGUUUAAACAGAAGGAUAUUGAUGAAUUUAAAGAAAACAUGAGUAGUGAUUCAAAUUCAGUUCAGCAUUUCGAGGGAUAUGAAGACUCUUCCUGUUAUGCUGUUGUAAAUAGCGGUGAUUCUAUAAAGACGUCAAGGAAAAGAGACAGGAAGCAAAAGAUUUUGGCUCCAGAUAGUGUUCCCAUGGAGGCUGGAACUGCAAUUAGAAAUAGUAAACUUUCUGGUAAUUUGAAGGAAGAUGAUGAAGAGAAUCUUGAGGAGAAUGCAGCAAGGAUGCUAUCCUCAAGGUUUGAUCCCAGAUGUACUGGCUUUUCUUCUACUGGUAAUUCUUCUAUGUUGCCAUCAGAAAAUAGUGUAUCCGUUUCACUAUCUGCUGUUCGAAAUCUGGUAAGCCAUGGGUCAAAGUCUCUGUCAGGUUCAGAAUCAGCAUCAGUUGAUGCAGCAGGUAGAGUCUUGAGGCCAAGGAAACAACACAAAGAAAAGGGUAGUGCCCGGAAGAGGCGUCAUUUUUAUGAGAUUUUCUUAGAUGAUCUGGAUGCAUAUUGGGUUUUGAACCAGAGAAUAAAGGUUUUUUGGCCGUUAGACCAGCGUUGGUACUUUGGAAUGGUCAAUGACUAUGACAAAUCAAAGAAACUUCACCAUAUUAAAUAUGAUGAUCGAGAUGAAGAAUGGGUUAAUCUUCAAACUGAGAGGUUCAAACUCUUGUUACUUCCCAGUGAAGUUCCAGGAAAUGCAGGCCAUAAAAGAUCUGCAAUGAAAAAUAGUUCUGUUCAGCAAAAAGGAAGCAAGUCCCGAAAAGAAAGACAAGGAAAAUUGAUUACAGAGGAUGAUAGCUGCAGUGGAAGCUUUAUGGAUUCAGAGCCUAUAAUCUCUUGGCUUGCCCGGUCUUCUAAUCGGGUUAAAUCUUCUUCUUUUAAUGGUGUGAAAAAACAGAAAACCUCUGCUACAUCUUUGAAACCGGCCUCAUCAUUAUUGUAUGAAGAACCCGCUGGAGGUCAGGGAGUACCUACGAGCUCCUUGAGAGGAGGUAAAAGCAAUCCGUCCUGUGAUUCUGUAUUGCUAGAUAAAUUAGGUGAUAAUUUUAGAGAGCAGCCGUCAUCAGAAAAUGCUACUUGUUCUAGAGAAGGUAAAAUGCCUAUUGUUUACUUUAGAAGGCGGUUUCGCAGGUUAACUCUGGCAUCCCAUCAUGUGUCCGAAGGAGAACCUGUUAUCAUAAGUGCCCCUGGUUCUGUUUUCUUUGAUCCUUUGGUUGACAGGCUAAAUGAUAUAAAUGAACCUGAUAAUAAAAGCUUUGACACUGAUGGGCCUUUGUUCUUCACUUACAAUGUGGGAGGUAUAUCAGAAAUAAGACUUCUGGACUUGGAGUCAGCAGCACUUAAAAUUGACAUAAACCUUCCAAUAAGAUCGGCACGUAAUUAUGAAUUGGAGAGCUUGUGGUUGCUUAAUGCUGUAUUGCUUCUUCAGUAUGGUGCAGUUAUGACGAAGUGGCCAAGAGUUCAUUUGGAGAUGCUUUUUGUUGAUAAUGUAGUUGGGUUGCGGUUUCUAUUGUUUGAAGGCUGCUUGAUGAUGGCUGCAGCCUUCGUCUUUAUGAUCCUUAGGGUAUUUCUUGAAUCUGCUGAGCAGGGAAAUGUUGACAUGCAACUACCAGUUACAUCUAUUAGAUUUAGGUUUUCAGGUGCGGAUGAUGUCAAGAGGCAGGUUGUGUUUGCAUUCUACAACUUCUCUAGAUUACAGAGUUCAAAGUGGAUGUAUUUAGAUUCUAAACUUAAGAGGUAUUGCCUCCUCAGUAAACGCCUCCAUAUCUCUGAAUGCACAUAUGAUAACAUCCACGCACUUCAAAAUGGAUUAAGCGAGUGCCCAAUUGCUGCCAUCAAUGGCAAGCCGUUCUCAUUUAAGGUCAUGCCUAAGAGGACGGGAAUGGGGAUUAAUUUUAUGGGAAUUUCCUCAGACUUCGCUCCAGUUGAUGCUAGUCAGCCUUCUGUUGCUGCCAAGAGGAAGCAUCCGUUAUUUGCUCUUUCUUUUGCUGCUGCACCUACCUUUUUUCUUAGUUUGCAUCUCAAGUUGCUGAUGGAGCGGUCAGUAAAUCAUUUAAGCUUCCGUGAUCAUUCAUCAGUAGAUGAUCAGGAAGAUGGUUACUCUAGCAUUGAUGAUUGCUCUCAUAGCAAUGCAGAAAUUAAUUUAAAGAAAGAUAUGAUGACUUUGUCAAAUGGUGUUGCUUGUGCUGAACCAAACCUCAUAAUUAGUCCCUCUGUUUGCAGUGAUCAAAUUGCCCCUGGUAAUUGCCAGAUCAUUGGUCUUAGUGCUGGUGGCAUUUCUGGUUCCCCUGGUUCUGAGAGGCUCAGUUCUAUUCAGUUGCACGAGUGGCAAUCCCAUAAUUCUGGGUUAGAACUAUGCUCUUUACCUUCAAGCUCCUUAGUUGACAAAGAUAAGGCCGAUGAUGUUCCCCAUUCUUUUCUGGGAGACCUCAAUGUUCAAAUUCCUUUAGCUGACCAAAUCGGGAAGCCUGUGAAUGAUGAUUUGCAGAGUGCCCAUGAUUCUUGUGAUUUGUCUUGGAAUGUAAAUGAAUGUGUCACUCCAAGCCCCAAAUCACCUGGUCCCAGAAGUUCUUGGCAGCGAAACCGAAAUAGUUCCUCAACAUUUGGCUUCCUGUCACAAGGGUGGUCUGGUGGAAAUGUUGACUCUUUUCACAAUGGUUUCAGUAAUGGACCCAAGAAGCCACGAACACAAGUUUCAUAUUCACUGCCAUUUGCUGGGUAUGAUUUCAGUUCAAAGCACAGAAACCCUAAUCAGAAGAGCUUUCCUCACAAGAGAAUUAGAAAGGCUAAUGAAAAGAAGUCAUCGGAUGUUGCCAGAGGCCCUGAAAAGGAUUUGGACUCCUUAUCUUGUGAUGCAAAUGUUUUGAUCACCAUUGGUGAUAAAGGGUGGAGAGAAUCUGGAGCCCAAGUUGUACUAGAGCUGUUUGAUCAUAAUGAGUGGAAGCUUUCUGUAAAAUUUUCAGGGAUUACUAGGUAUUCAUAUAAAGCACAUCAAUUUCUGCAGCCAGGAUCAACAAAUCGUUACACACAUGCUAUGAUGUGGAAAGGAGGGAAGGAUUGGACCUUGGAAUUUGCUGAUAGGAGCCAGUGGGCCCUUUUCAAGGAGAUGCACGAAGAAUGCUACAAUCGGAAUCUCCGUGCUGCUUCUGUUAAAAAUAUACCUCUCCCUGGUGUUCGUUUGAUUGAGGAAAACGAUGACAAUGGGACUGAAGUUGCAUUUGUUCGUGGCCCAAAGUAUUUUCAGCAAGUUGAAACAGAUGUUGAGAUGGCUUUAAAUCCUUCUCAUGUCUUGUAUGACAUGGAUAGCGAGGAUGAGGAGUGGGUUUCAAACAUUCAGAAUUCUGAAAAGGGAAACAGUAGUUUGGAGGGAAUUUCGAAGGUGUUUGAGAAGAUAAUGGACAUGUUUGAGAAGGCUGCAUACUCUCGACAAUGUAAUCAGUUUACAUCUGAUGAAAUAGAGGAAAUCAUGGGUAAUAUUGAGCCCUUGUGUUUAGUCAAAACCAUCUAUGGGCAUUGGCAGCAAAAAAGGCAGCGAAAGGGAAUGGCUUUAGUUCGGCAUUUUCAGCCUCCUCUGUGGGAAAGAUAUCAACAAGAAGUAAGAGAGUGGGAGGCAGCUAUGAACAAGAAUAAUACUCUCACUUCUUACGGAGGCCUGGACAAGGUUGCAGCUUUGGAUAAGCCACCCAUGUUUGCUUUCUGUUUGAAACCAAGGGGUUUGGAAGUACCAAAUAAAGGAUCGAAACAUAGAUCACAGAAGAAAUUUUCAGUUUCUGGGCAUACAAACAGCAUGCUAGGUGAACAGGAUGGUUUAUACAAUCUUGGAAGAAGAAUGAAUGGCUUUGUGUUUAGUGAUGAAAAGCUCACAUACCUAGGCCCUAAUUAUGACCCUUUGGAUGAUUCCCCGUUGCCACUGACCUCACCAAGGGUAUUCUCACCAUGGGAGGCUGGCAGCAUGGGAUAUUUUUCACUGAGCAAUGAUGGGUAUGAUAGAAAUCGAGUACCCAAACUUUACAGCAAGUCAAAAAAAUAUGGGUCGUUAUAUCAUGAUGAUUCCCAGAUGAUGGCUCAUCACGGUCAUAGAAUGUCCGGAAAGAGAAGUGGGGCUGGUAAUUGGAAUUUGAGUUAUCACUGGCCAGGCCACAGGCAGUACAAAUUAGAUGGCCCUUACAGGCAUGGGAUUGAACAAUUUGAUGGUUCAGACCUUGAUGAAUAUAAGUUGCGUGAUGCCUCAGGUGCUGCUCAGCAUGCACUUAAGAUGGCGAAGUUGAAGAGAGAGAGGGCGCAAAGAUUGCUCUACAGAGCAGAUCUAGCAAUCCACAAGGCUGUGGCUGCUCUUAUGACUGCUGAAGCAAUGAAAGCUUCUGAGGACUCAAAUGGUAAUAGGUAGAUGAACCGACAAACAUCUGACAUUGUGGCACGUCAUGGAUUCCUUUAAUUUAUGACAGAGCUGCAUAGAGGCAAAUAAUCCGUAGUGAACUUCAGUCGUGAGGUCUGAGAGCAAUGAGAUGGAGAUUUUGUUGCUUCAAAGCGUACUCAGCAAGCUCUGACCGCCAGACCUCUCUUCAGGUUGAGAUCUGCAGUGCAGGACUGUUUCACCGCUGCUAUCGGGUCUAUGGAAUUUUGGCUGUUAAUAUUUGUACAGAUUUUUUCUUUAUUUGGGUUUUUGCCCGUCUUCCUACUUUUCCUCCUUAACCUCGGGUUCAAAUGUGCAAAAUGAGAAGAGGUUGGGCUCAAUAAGAAAAAAACACUUUGAAUGGAAUUACACCCUUUCUUUCAGAGAUUAAGACGUAGUAGUCUGGCGUCUGAUUUGCAAGGUAGUCCGCUGCUUUCUGUGGCACAUGGCCCAGUGAAUGCGGUUGCUUACUUAAAAGAUUGGAUAGUUAGACAUGGACCAAGAAAAGAGAAAUUAAGCCUUGAGAAUGUGUUGGUUCUGCAGUGAAUUGGCUAUGUCAUAGCAUAUGGUAAAUACCCGAUCCUCUUGUAUUAUAUGUAAACAUGAUAACAUGAUAUAGCCUUUCUGAUCAGUAUUUAACCAUUGCUUUAGAAUAG